GGGAACAUGCGCGACCCUUCAAUAAUGGCCACCAGUGUUUACGACUCCAGUCCAGGAGUUGCGGUUCGUUCAGGUGGUUGGAUAUUCUUCCUUUAGUUGCAUCCUUUUGUUCCUUGCUUCUUAGCUUUUGUGAUACGAUGACGAUCUUCAACGCUCUGAGCUCCUGAGAUGAUAACAUGUACAAGUGGUGGAGGAGCCGGAGAUCACUCCUGCUGCUACUGGUGGUCCUCCUGCCCUCAUGGCUCCUGUUCGGCUACUACACGGCCUCCGCUCCGAUGGGGGGGGGCCCCGCCCCGCGGCCCCCGCAGCAGCUCCUCCGGACCGCCCCUGCCGCCUGCCGCCCCGCCGCUCUGGCCAGGGCCGACAUAGACACCAUCUCCCAGUUUUCUACAUUUGACUUCCAACCAUACUGGAUGAAGAGUAGAGAGUAUUGGGAUACUAAUUUUGAAAAUCGUUAUAAACAAAAAAAACAAGAGUGGCCAAAGCUUCCAUUAAAGGUGAUAGUGGUGCCACAUUCUCACAAUGAUCCUGGUUGGCUUAAAACAUUCGAAAGCUACUACCAUUAUCAGACUAGAAACAUUUUGAACAAUAUGGCUGAUAAGUUGACACUUUUUAAAAAUAUGACAUUCAUAUGGUCUGAAGUUUCCUUUUUCUCACAGUGGUGGCAAAGUGCUCAUCCAAAUAAGAAGAGACUUGUCAAGAGACUUUUAGAAGAAGGGAGAUUAGAAAUUACAACUGGUGGCUGGGUCAUGACUGAUGAAGCAAAUUCACACAUUUUUGCUAUGGUUGAUCAGCUCAUUCAAGGGCAUCAAUGGGUGAAGAACAAGUUAGGAGUUUCUCCGCAGUCAGGCUGGUCAAUAGACCCUUUUGGACAUGGGGCUACCGUCCCAUAUCUGCUCUCAGCAUCUGGCCUAGAAUUGGGAACUGUCAUUCAGAGGAUUCAUUAUGCAUGGAAGCAAUGGCUUGCUGAACAUGAAGCUGGUGACUUUAUGUGGCGCCAAGGAUGGGACACUAGAGGGCGCCAUGAUUUUCUCGUUCAUAAUCAACCUUUUGACAUUUAUUCGAUCAAACAUUCCUGUGGACCUCAUCCACAAGUUUGUUUAAAUUUUGACUUUAGGAAAAUUGCUGGUGAAUAUACUGAAUAUUCACUUAGAGCUGUAGCAAUCGAUUUAGAAAAUGUCAAACAAAAAGCUGAAUUACUUUUAGAACAAUAUGGAAGGACGGGUUCUUUAUUUCCCCAUAAUGUUGUUUUAAUGCCUGUAGGGGAUGAUUUUCGAUAUGAUCAUGAUAUCGAAUGGUUGCAGCAAUACACAAAUUAUAAGCGUUUGUUUGAUUACAUAAAUGAAAGAAAAAAUAUAUACAAUGCUGAAAUAGUUUUUGGAACACCUGCAGAUUAUUUUAAAGAAAUACGUAAUCGAAUGAGAGAUUUCAAGACACUACGUGGUGAUUUCUAUGUGUAUUCCGACAUAUUUUCAGAAGGAAGACCUGCUUAUUGGAGUGGAUAUUUCACUACUCGUCCAUAUUGGAAAAUUUUAGAUAGAGAAUUAGAAGCUGAAUUGCGCUCAGCAGAAAUAUUAUACACAUUAUCUUUGAAUAAAGUGCGUAAAAUGGGUUUCAAUGGCACUCUGAAGAUUUUAGAAAGAGAUUAUGAAAAAUUGCAAAGUGCUAGGCAAAAUCUUGCUCUAUUCCAACACCAUGAUGCCAUUACUGGAACAUCUAAGGCUUUUGUAAUGCACGAUUAUGCCCUUAAAAUGUUCGAAGCUAUUCAAGAAUGUAUAUCUGUUCAAGGGUAUGCAUUACAAACUCUUGUGACUAAGCCUGAAGGCUUCGAUCAUUUUCCUGCAUCAACAAGAUUUAUUCUACCUGAUACUGACAGAGAUCGUUACGAAACAUUACCUUACAAAGUGCCAUUGACCAUUAAACGAGAUAGACCACGAAGGUUAAUUGUAUUCAACUCAUUGGCGCAAGCGAGAUAUGACAUCAUUAGAGUAAGAGUGAGAAGUCCGGAGGUAAGAGUCUUCGACUCUUCAUCAAACCUUAUAAUAAGUCAAGUGAACCCAGUAUGGAAUUUUAGUGAACCUAAACUACCUCAAGAAUCACAGCAAGAACUCAAAAUGACUGAUGAACUUUAUGAAGUUAUGUUUUCUGUACUUCUUCCUCCACUGUCAGUUUCAACUUUCCGCUUGGAGUUUUAUCCUGGAAAAGAAGGAAGAGCGACAGUUUACUGUAAGAGCUGUGCAAAAAGUAACUUAUUCGAUAUAAAAAACAUACAACUGGGUGAUAUUCAACUGGAAAAUCAUAAGAUUAAAUUACUUGUAGAUGGGCGUACUGGUUUCCUCAAGUCUGUUAUGGAUAAAGAAACUGGUCAUACUACCCAAUGUGCUAUAGAAUUUGCGGCUUACUCAUCUGCCCAAUUCCACAGUGGGGCCUAUUUGUUCAUGCCUGAUCCUAAUGCUCGAGAUAUUGAAAGGGAUAUAUUAGAAGAAUAUAAUAACCAACGGAUGGUAAUUGCGACUGGGCCCAUUGCAUCCACCUUGACUGUUGCCUAUGGAAAUCUUCUAGCUCAUACUAUACAAAUAUACCAUGGUCAAACACCCUUGUCCCAAGGAAUAUUUAUUGAGAAUACAAUAGACUUUGAAUCUCCUCCCAAAAAUAGAGAAACAGAGCUCUUCAUGAGAUUUGUUUCUGAUCUGAACAAUGGAGAUCCUCCAGUAUUUUUUACUGAUCAAAAUGGUUUUCAAACUCAAAAAAGAGUGAAAGUUGAAAGGAUUGGAAUCGAAGGGAAUUAUUUUCCUGUGACAACCCACACAUACAUCCAGGAUGAAGAAAAACGAUUAACAUUGCUUGUUAAUCAUGCCCUAGGUGCAGCAGCCUGGCAACCUGGGUGGCUUGAAGUUAUGCUAGAUCGUAGAACCCUUUAUGAUGAUUCCCGUGGUAUGGGUGAAGGUGUCGUCGACAAUAAGAAAACUCUAUCCAAGUUUUGGCUACUUUUGGAGGAUUCUACAAAAGAAACUGGUUAUUCAAAGCCUAGCCUUCUUGCAAAUUAUCUUUCACUUGGGUUAAUGUACCCCCCAAAUGUUUUCGUUCUUGAAAGUGCUAAUGAUGAGGCCACUUCUAAAACUACUGAAAAUAAUUUAUAUGAUAUAGUGCCUCUUCUCAAUCGUGACUUUCCUUGUGAUGUUCACCUUUUGAAUUUUAGAACUUUACAAGACAAAAGUUUUGAUCAUUUUCCAUCGAAUUCAGCUUUAUUAGUUCUCCAUAAACAGGGCUAUACCUGUAGUAUUGCAGCUAAUAUGAAAGAAUGCAUUCCUUCUAGUCCUGAGCAAGCAAUCAGAGAAGGGACCACAUUUAGUUCAUUAAAAACAUUAGUUUCUCAAACAUAUCUAACUGGUUUGAGCGAAAUAAAAAAAUUUACCUCUUUAGCAGAGGCAACAUUAAGAGAUAUGGAGCUCAUAACCCUCAAUAUCACAUUCAUUAAUUAGUAUACUAAUGUAAUUUUCAUCUACAUUUGACAAAUUAAAUUUAUCUGAAAUGACCAAAUAUUCAUCUCUUUGAUUUACUUUGAACAUUACGAAUUUACCUGUUAAUUGAGAUUUGCCAUGUUUUAUUUUUGAAGUAGUUUUUAAGAAACUCAGAAAUUGUACAAACCUAUUUGACGAAAAGAUUUUUUUUUAAUUUUGAACAAAUUAAAUUCAAAUCAUUGAUGGAUAUACUCUGCGCGGAUAUAUACUGGAUAUACUCAGUAUGAACGCAAUAUUUUAUCUAGUUUUUAAAUAAGACCAUUUAUAUGAUCAAAUUGUUACUAUAAAAUACUUUUCCUUUAAUUUUUAGAUGUUUAAUUUUAAAUUUUAAUAAAUAUCGAAAGAUUCCUAUCGAAUGGGUGUAUAAUGUUCAAAUUUUUAUGAAAAGUAAUGUUUUUAUAUAAAUAAACAUAAGCAUGCAAUAUGAUGUUUUGUCACUUCCAACUAUGGUAUGACAAUGAAGUGAUAGAAUCAUGAAGAGAAUUUUAAAGAGAAGAAGUGACAUUAUAAACAAUUAAAUAUCAUCAAGUAUAUAGUUAGCAUGCUCUUCCUGUUCAAGCUGGAGCACAUAAGUGUGUUAAACUCACAAAAUAUUAAGUGAAUCUAACGUUAUUUGUAAAAUAUUAAAGAGCCUAUUGACUCUGAUUAUGUGAAUUGUAAUUCUAUGAUGUAAGUAAGUAUGAGAAAAUACAAAUUAUUGUGAUUAGUAUAAUUUGAAUUAAAAUUGUUCUAUACAUAUAAAAAAAUAAGUAUAUAUAAAAUUUUUAAAUUAAUAUAUACUUAAGUGCAAACAAAUAUAAUGUUAGAGGUUAUAUGUAUUCAUUACAAAAUCAGAAUAAUAUUUAAUUAUACAUUUUUGUCAUUUGAAACUAUUUCUUUCUAGUUCUGUUUCAUUGUAAAUAUUGUGUCCUCAUGUUGUAUGUAUUAAUAUUCAUUAAAUGUUAUUUUGUUUA